AUGUGCGACAUCCCCUUCCUCCCCAUCUUCCCCAUCUGCUUCCAAUGCGGAACAGACCAGAACCCAUGUCGCUGUAAGGUUGUGGGACCGACAUUAGGCUUCCUUUGUACGGUAGUCGCGGCUGUCAUUUGCUAUCCGGCGUCGAUUUUCUGUGGUUGUUGUUUGACGCAGACGGGGAAGGAUGUCCUUGGGUAUCCGGUCAAAGUCAAUGGGGCUGUGAGCAACGCAAUACCCAUCUAG